CCGUGCCUUUAUAAGUAGUUGUUGGAAUCAUAGUAGAAUCUCAAAUCUCAAUCGUUUCUCAGUCAAUGGGAAUGGGACCGGCGGCCAUGGCAGAGCUCUUCAUUACCAGAAUUUCCCUUUUUCCCAUUCUGUUUUUUCUUUCCUCGUACGCGGCUGAGCUUCCGAUCAAUGUAUGGCCCAAGCCCGUAUCCUUCGAUUGGCCCAGCCCGGGCGCCGUUCUGCUCAGCCCGAACUUCACCGUGGUCUCGCCGGGCCACCCGUACCUUAAGCCCGCCGUCGACCGUUACACCAACGCCGUGAAAACGGAGCACCACCGCCCGUUAAUUACGCCCGCUCUGAACCUCACGUCGUACACGCCCUUAAAGCUCCUUAACAUUACCGUCAAUGACGUGGACGCGCCGUUAGCUCACGGCGUCAACGAGUCGUACACGCUGUCCAUACCGUAUGGCGGCUCGGCUUAUCUCUCGGCGGAGACGGCGUGGGGCGCGAUGCGCGGGCUGGAGACAUUCUCGCAGCUCGUGUACGGCGGCGGCGGCGAGGAGCCGCGCGUCGCCGCCGGGCUGAGAAUCUCCGACGCGCCGAUUUUCCCUUACCGGGGGGUUUUGCUGGAUACUUCGCGGAAUUUCUAUGGAGUGGAGGAUUUGUUGAGGUUGAUUAGGGCGAUUAGUAUGAACAAGAUGAACGUUCUUCACUGGCACAUUUCGGACUCGCAUUCCUUCCCGCUGGUGCUGCCGUCGGAGCCGGAGCUGGCCCGCCGCGGCGCUUACGCCGAGGAGAUGACGUACUCGCCGGAGGAUGUGAAGAAAGUGGUGGAAUUUGGGCUGCAAUAUGGCGUUAGAGUUGUGCCUGAGAUUGACAUGCCCGGGCACACAGGAUCCUGGGCAGAAGCUUAUCCUGAGAUAAUUACAUGUGCAAACAUGUUCUGGGUGCCUCCCGGAACCUCUGCACCUCUGGCAGCUGAGCCAGGAACUGGACAACUCAAUCCUCUGAACCAAACAACAUACAAAGUUGUCAAGAAUGUUAUCCAUGACACAAUUGCCAUGUUCCCAGAUUCGUUCUUCCACGCGGGGGCCGAUGAGAUCAACUCGAAUUGUUGGAACACUGACCCCUCAAUCCAAAACUUUGUUUCCAACAAUGGGACUCUAAGCCAGCUGCUGGAAACAUUCAUUAAUUCUACCUUGCCUUACAUUGUGUCGUUAAACCGAACAGUCGUGUACUGGGAGGACGUUCUGUUGAGCCCUAGUAUCAGUGUCGGGAGUUCCUUGCUUCCCCGGGAGAAUGUGGUCUUGCAGACGUGGAACAACGGGCCAAACAACACGAAAAGACUCGUGGAGGCAGGGUACCGGGUGAUUGUUUCCUCGGCUGAUUACUACUACUUGGACUGUGGGCACGGGAGUUUUCUGGGGAACGACAGCCAGUAUGAUCAGCCACCGGGGACUGACCAAGGCAAUGGCGGGUCGUGGUGUGGGCCCUUCAAGACGUGGCAGCUGAUUUACAAUUAUGACAUAACUUAUGGCCUAAACGAUGAGGAGGCGAAAUUGGUGUUGGGAGGGGAAGUGGCGUUGUGGUCUGAGCAAGCAGACGGGACUGUGUUGGAUGCUCGGGUGUGGCCUAGAACUUCAGCGAUGGCGGAGGCGUUGUGGUCUGGAAAUCGGGAUGAAACGGGGAAGAAGCGAUAUGCUGAGGCGACGGAUAGGUUGAAUGAAUGGAGGUAUAGGAUGGUUGGCAGGGGAAUUGGGGCAGAGCCAAUUCAGCCUCUCUGGUGUGCCAAAAACCCUGGCAUGUGUAAUGCAGUUUUCCCAUUUUCUGAGUGAUUGUUUUGUUUUGUUUUGUUGUGUGUGACAUGAAACCAACCUGUUUGGUUUGUUGUACUUUUAAUUUGCUUUCCUGUUUUCAACACAAUUCUGUUGAAAAUUUGGACAGCAAAAUUGUUCAUUUACAAAAUCUAUAAUCCUUCCAGCUCUUAAAAAUA